ACGGGGACAGCAAGUGGGGUACGAGGGGCAGCGAGGUUCCUGAGAAGCCGGGAAGUGCUCGUUCGUAUGGCUUCAACCGGACCGCCUGCAGGGCCAACGCCGGGACGAGGGACCGAGCAAGCACCGAGAGCAGGAGAAGACGUCGACAUCCGGACGCGGAGCGUGCUGUUGCAAAAAGGCAGACCGAGACCACAAGCUCAUAGCGGUGCUGGCCGACAUGCCGAGAAGCAGAUGCCCGAAAACAUCAAGGACCGGACCGUGUGGCAGAGCUGGCUGAAUCUCAAGCCCAGGGUGCGGAUCGCCUUUGGGGUUGGCUUCGCGGCAUUGUCGAUUGCGGGCCUGAUGCUGGCCGACAAGCUGGAAUCAAAAAUGCCUGCGCCGGACUCGGACAAGGAGAAGAAGCCGAGGGGUCGUCUGCUGGGCAUUAGUGUCGUAGAUCGACCGGAGGAGAAGACCAAGAAGGUGUAAUUAAUCGCGGUACAGAUGUCUUGUCAUGUCAUAAGUCACUUGCUCCAGAGGACGAGCUUUAAGAGCCAAAUAGUAUGAUUUGAUGCUCAA